GCUGCGUAUGACAGGGCGAUACAACUGGGAAGUUGAUCGCUGUUACUGUUAUGUCACAGAAGAAACCUCGCACUUUAAACAUCACAUCAAUCAUGGAAGAAAAAUCAGACACACGGAAUUACAUGAAACAUGUAGAACUUUUAGGAAUACAUUUUGAAAAUGAGCUCGUACAGACUCCCAUAAAAAAUCAUGAGAAAGAAGGGAACCAUGAGGACAACAUAGGCCUAGGUCUACUCUAUGAUAGGUUUGAGAAGAGUGCCACUGGUUGUGGGUCGGACACCCGUAGUGAUCCAGUUGUGGACAUCAGAUGUCUGAAGAGAAAGCAACAGACAGAAGUGCACCCCAGCCCGAUGGAGAGGUUCCGCCGGCGGCAUCUAAGUGUUACACUAUUGUGUGAGCAGUCUUGGUGUGAGAUGAAGGUGUCUUUUGGACUUUUGAGACCACUGGUGAAACUAAAAGAAAUGAAGAAACCAGAGGUUAAGGCUGGAACCACCAUACAUCUUAGAAGACAGCUGGAAGUUCACAACAUUGUUCCAAUCCAAGCCCAGUCAAGAGAAGAUUCUGAAGCCAUCAAACUUCUCAAUGUGAUGCACAUGGUGUCAUUAUUACAGGAAGGGCAGUGUGUACGGGAGUUUCCAGUGUAUGGGGUUCUAGAGGGAGUGUUUCUCAUGGGCGUCAUCGAUGAACUGAGCUACAAUAAGGAAGGAGAACUUGUUCUUAGCGAGCUCAAAACCCGUAAGGACAUGUCUCUCCCUGGCGAGGCUCAAGCCAAAGGCCAUCAUCUCCAGGUGGGACUGUAUAAACUUCUGUUUCAUGGUAUGGUCAAUGGGACAGUGAAAAGAAGUGACAUAAUCAGACACCUCAAACUUGAGCCAAAACAAGUUCUGGGAACUGGGGUCCUGAACUACGCUGGGUCCAUGGGCAUGGAGGAAGGCAUCUUUGGGGGCCUGGUCGACAUGGUACUAAAAACGCUAACCUUAGCUAAAGUCGGUGACAUCCAACGUUUGAGGCUGGAGUAUAUCCACCAGGAGUCCGGCAUGACCAUAGACACGAAAGAUGUGGAGUGUGACGAGGCUGUUUUGAGGGGAGAGCUCCGAGAUUAUUUGGACUACUGGACCGGUCAAAGGGAACCCAGGGGAGUGGACAUAGAGGAGGCUUGGAAGUGCAAGCUGUGCCCCUUUGAGAAGAGUUGCCACUGGGGAAAGGACGAAGCUGAAGCCAGUGUCAGUGUUGAUCCUGGCAAGAAACCGAAAUGAUGUCCACAUAUGUUGAACAUUAUGCUCUAAUGUAAUGUCAUCAGACAAACUUUAUUUAUUUUAAUUAGUCAAUUAUGACUACGCUAAACUAGGUUUGUGUGUUUAAUCAUGUUGCAAUGUAACAUUUAUAAUAUUUUUAUUCUCUGGAAAGAAUAUUUAUUGGACCAGCUGCUAGUAAAGCAAUGGAACAUGUGUAAUCAAUAGUCUACCUGGCCAGUGGCUUUGGGUAUAGUGAGUUCACUAUUCACAAUUCAUCUGCACACAGACAAACAGCAAAAUACACAGUUUUGUCAUUGCUUUACUGUAUUGAACCAUUGUUGUUGUGUAAGAUAUUCUAAAAGUUAUUAAUGAUUGUGUAUGAUAAUAUCAUUAAGUUAUUUUAACUUAUUUAACUAGUAUGUUUGAAUCUUUGUAAUUUACUAAUCAAAAUGGGUGGUUACACCAGAGAGGGUUAAAGCGGAGCUAGUAAUCAAGGAUCUUUGGUUACACUUCUGUGUAGUAUGUGAAAGGAAUAUGGUGACAGUAACAUGGUGAUGUUGUGAUUUAUGUGAUUUAUGUACCACUGCACUCUGUUAAAGCAACACAAAGCCUGACGCAUACUUUAUUUAUCUGAGGUGCCAGCACACAUAGAGGGAACUGUAAGUUGCUUUAACUUGUUUUUAUAAGAAGACAAGAAACAAAUACCACACAUUUAAGGUCAUGUGAAACCUUUUGGCUUGUCACAUUUUUUUCUAACUGGAAUAAACAGCAAAAAACUGUAAACUGUUAGAGUAUGUAGUCUAGUGAAGCCACACACAUUCUGCUGUCAUUCUAACAAUCAUUAUUCUAAUUAAUAUGAUACUGAUA